AUGUUUCAUCAAUGGCAGCAGCAUGAUCCUGAGCACCGCCCUCGUGUCGCGAGGACUCGGACAGGGUGUCUGACUUGUCGACGGAGAAAAGUCCGUUGUAACGAGGUCCAUCCUAGAUGUGGACAUUGUACUCGACUUCGCCUCGCAUGUUCAUGGCCACCGGAUUCCUCUUUCACUGUCCCGGGGAUAGAAACCUCAAAAUCCAAGCCAGCGUACUUGAAUAAUCGUGGAAAACGACAAAGGCAACGCUCACGAUCGCAAUCGCCGCCGCAAAAACAACAGCCGCUGCAACAGUCACAGCAGUUGUCAGAACUACCACCACCGCAGCAACAAUCUCUUCCAGAAGCAGACUUCAAUGAAAUAUUCAAUUAUGCGAGCUUUCUCUGGGACAAUGAUUCUUCUACACUGCCAUUUCCUACAGCCUCGUCUCCCCUUGAUGUCCUGAAUUCUUUGCGUGAACAGCCGCAUAUACCAAUACUCCCAGCGCGGUCCGAGACGGGCCGAAGAACGGUCCAAACAUCAUGUAAAACACCACGUUCUCCAGGUGAUAGAUGGCUUAGUGGCGAUGCAAGUUUAUCACCUGAAGGUUCCAGUGUCAACAUCAGCGAAACUGAUUUAUCUGAAUUAUUUGCCCACUCUAAUGCACCACCGAUCCUAGCCCCAGUUGAGACGAGUUUUAGAUGGUCCCGAAUGAGAAAAAUGCUUGUUUACAUGUGCCAAAAGUCUGAUAUGGUUAAGAAUGCAGUCAUGGCUUUUGCUGCUCUGCAGCUAGACUCGCCAGGAUCAAGAAGGCGGACUAUAUACGCACAAUACUAUGCUUUUUCCAGGGAUAUGCUCACAAAACUGCUCGCAAAGGUUACCAAGGAUCAGAAUCUUCUUACCGUUGAACUCAAUCAUAUUCUAGCUACUAUCUUUUUGUUGACAUAUAUCGACCUUCUGGACGAUGAUGUUUAUAAGGCACAUGGCAAUCUGCGGGACGCUUUUCAGAGAAGUGUCUAUUAUCAUGGUUGCGACUACUUGAUGGCCGUGCCUAAUUUACUACUAGACAUGGAAUCUCCUCCCGAAACACUUAGCGGUGGCCUCGAAGAUGCAGAAACUGUUUUGGAAGAUGUGCUUUCACGCCCGGCCUAUUCAUUCUUUCAAAAAGUGCAAUCCUUCAUGGGCCGCAUCUCAAGAAUUGACCCCUGGCACCGCUCUCGCGGCACUGUAGAAGAUGAGACCGAGGUUAUGAUAAUUGCCCAGAAAAUUAGCAAAGACAUCAAGGCGCUUUGGCUUCAGCGACCACCCCUCAUGGAUCAUGCCAUUGCAUGCAAAUUAGUGCCACCGUUCCUUUCCCCUUCGUUGGCAAAUAACUUGACGAGGAUGUUGAUGGUCUGCUAUGCCAAUUACCACGCAUGUUUUGUGCAUUUGCAUCGCGUGGCGUAUAAGAACCUUCCACGUACACCUGAAUUAGAUGUCGCGCUGUGCGCCAUCCAGGAGGUCACAGAAAACAUAAUCCGCACUCCGCUAGGUACCUCAAACUCAGUUGAGACCCUAUGCGAUUUCAGCCCUGGCUCUCCCUUGCCAAUCAAUAUGCUCUGGCCUCUGUUGAUGCUAGGCGUGGAAUCAGAUGAUACACAUCAACGAGCAUGGGUCAUCGCAGCAAUGAAGCGCAUGGAAAGCAUUGUAUCGAAUGCCGGGAUCACAGCAGACGUUUUGGAAGAAGUGAUAAGGAGGCAGGAUGAAACUGGUCAGAGAGUCGAUAUAAGACAGGUUAUGCAUGAUACCUUCACUAGAGUUUUUGCCAUUGUCUGA